CCAUCCCGCCACUCCUUAAAGUAAGACCCAAAUCAAAUUAUCAAAAACCAGAAAAGAAAAAAAAUAUCAUAAUUUAGAAAAAUGGGAAGUGAAAGGCUGGGAGAGAAGUUGAAUAUAAGCGAGGAGCUUAUCAAGAAAAGCUGCUCUCUUGCCUUCAAGGCACACAAAUCCCCAGAUGAUCUGUUUCAUGUGGAGGAAUAUGCUUCUGGAUCAUCAGAUGUUGUUUUCAGCUUCCCAGGAUCUUGGUCUGUGGAGAGUUGGGCUUCUGGAGAAAGUGCUUUUGGGGAAAAAAAGAUCCAACUUUCACUCUUUCCUUCCAUGAAAAGCAUAGGUCAUUAUGAUGAAGCUGCCGGACCUGGUGGGCACCAAGAUUUAGCAAUUGCAAGUUUCAACCAAGCCUUUGUGCAGAAGUUUGAACAUGUAUUGCAGAAUUCCCAGCUUAAAAAUAAGGUGCAAGAGGUUGUCAGAAAGAAGAGAAUAGUAUUUACCGGCCACUCUACAGGCGGUCCAACUGCCGUGCUUGCCACAAUCUGGUGCUUUGAAAAUUACCCGAAACAAAGCCAUGAAACAUUUUUCUGUGUGACUUUCGGAUCUCCCCUUUUUGGUAACCAUAUUAUUUCCCAUGCUCUUAGGAGAGAAAAUUGGUCUCAAUACUUCAUACAUUUUGUCAUGAGAUAUGACAUUAUCCCUCGGAUUCUGCUUGCUCCACUCUCUUCCAUUCAACAUGAAUUCGAGAGGAUCCUUCCCUUCUUCGACCCAAAUUCCCCCGCCUAUGCGAGUCAGUCGGUUGGAUCAUCCCAGGAAGCCUUCCUUUUGUUUAGAAAUGUGAUGAGAAAUGCAGCAUCUCUUACAACUCAUGCUGCCUCCAAACUACAGGGGAGUACCAACCCAUUACUCGAAACUGUAAAAAAGUUCGUUAAGCUAAGCCCGUACAAACCUUUCGGAACUUACAUUUUUUGCACCGGCAACGGGAAACUGGUUGUCAUGAAAAACCCUGAAGCUGUGCUGCAACUCUUGUUCUACUCGUGUCAAUUGAGCAGCGAAAGUGAAGGGGCAAGGAUCGUGCUUAAAUGCUUAAACGAGCAUUUGGCCUACGAAAAUGAGCUUGAAGGCAGCUUGGACAUGCAGUGUGUGACUUAUGAUGAUAACCUAGAAACGCUCCCCUUAGCCUCAGAUGGUUUCUUUGAUGACCUUGGCAUGAGCGAAAAGGCUAGAUUAUGCCUUCGCGCAGCAGGAGAAUUCGAGAAGCAAAAACGAAGAAACCAGGAGAAAGGUUGGUUCAAAACUGGAGAUGAUCACGAAACAUUUGAAAAUAUUGAAGACUACCGGGCCUUAUGCGAGCACACUGUCGGAUAUUACAAAGCCUUCAAAAUUCAUAAAAACAAGACAGAUUUCGAUGCUAAUUUGAGCAGGAUUGAGCUAACAGGUAUAAUGGAUGAGGUCAUUGAAAUGUUCACAAGAUACGACCUCCCCGAUGAACUGGAGGCUACAAAAGAGUGGAUAAAUCUUGGAACUAGGUAUCGCCGCCUUGUCGAGCCUCUCGAUGUGGCUAACUACUACAGGCACUCGAAGGACGAGGACACCGAAUCCUAUAUGAAGAAAGGCAGGCCAACGCGCUACAAAUGGAUGCAGAGAUGGCUCGAGUACGAACAGAAACUGCAAACUGGUUCAUGCGGGGAGUCUUGCUUCUGGGCAGAAGUGGAGGAGUUGCACAAGCUUUCCGGCAACUUUGCGGCGGUAUACAAGGAAAGGGAGAGAAUUUUGAGAGUUCAGGAGCAAGUAGGGAAAUGGAUUCCGGACGGGGUGAUCGGUAAGGAUGUGUUGCUCAAGUCGUCCACCUUCGAGGAAUGGUGGAGCAAACUCCCCGCUGACCUACAAACAGAAACGAUUUCGCUACUUGUGAAUGGUUUAGGAAAUGUGCAAGCGUAACAGUACGAUGGUGCGCAAGUUUGGUUCCAACAAGUGGGAACCGAGAAUCAGAUGUAGAGUCGUCUUCAUUGUGUAUGUCAAAAUGUAUGCCAGUUCCUGUAAGCCUUACAGAAUAACAGCAAAACCUGGAUUUUUCGUGGA